CCUUAUCGUUGAUAAGAGCUUUCUAUGGCCUCUCCAUCCCGUAUAAGAAGGGGCUUCUCAUAGGAAAACAUUCACAUAAUUGAUACCAAAAUCGAAAUGAAAUUAAUGUGGACUCUACUUGUUUUUGCCUUGAUGGUGACCAUUGGAAGGACCCAUCAGGAACAGAACUUUGACUACAGACGGGGCUGGGGCUGGGACGUAAGGCUCUUAAAUGGGCAGUAUAUUGCCUCAACAUUUUAUAGAGGUCAUAAUUGGGUAACUUGGCCUAUAUUUGGUGGAUACCCCGCGGUAGUAUAUCCCUGCGGAGCAACAUGCACUAUCUGUGGAGGAACAACUACUCCAGGAUCACAGCCACCACCCAGUGCUGGAGCCAGUGCUGGAGCCACUGCCGAACCAUCCACUGUCGCACCAUUGCCUGGUAACAGUCCAGAUAUUGAUGAAGAUAUUCCUGAUUUCGAUGCAGUUCUAGAAAAAUUAAGACAAUAAUCGGAAGGCGCAGUGAUACACUUUUUCAUAAUGGUAGAUGGCGAUUCCGGAGCUUAAUGUAGGCCCUCGGGAUUAAAGACAUUAAAGAAAUUCAAUGAACAAAAAAAAAAGAGGUAU